CUUCGUUAACAGACGCGAUCCGUGAACGGCGAUCUUUCUAAAAGCGUCGUAAUUGCGACCGGAUGCGUGGAACGUCUCGAACGCGGCGCGUACGUGUGCGCUUCGUCUAGGAAAAAUGCGCGCCACUUCGUCGCGACAUGUGCUCUAUGUGAUAUACACUUAUAUGGCCGGCCGGGACACGUGGGCAACGCUACAUGCGCUUUUUUCCCUGUCUCCACACCCUGUUCCCUCUUCUCCAAUCCUAGAACAUUGUGCCGGUGCUGCCUACAUAACGGGUGAUACUUAUCAAAUCAGAAUAAAUUGGCGAAAGAAAUUGAACAGCGAUUUGAAUUUUUUUCCUUGAGAUUUGAUCGUAAAGGAUAAUUUUGUUUCGGAACGUUAGAAGGAUAUAUGUAUUUAACAAUGAACGCCGAGAAAUCUACUUACAUCGAACGCAAUUCAUAUGGGCAAUAUUUUUAGACGAUGUGCAAAACAAAUCGAAACAGUUCACCGAUCGCUUUAAUGGCCCAUAAAUUCGUAAAUUGCGUUGCUUCGUACGGUGACAUAAAUAAUACGCUUUUUUCUGUUUUAUUUUUUUCAAUUCGCGAAUCAGUGAAAAUAUAUGUUUAAUACCUUAUGCUUAAUACCUCUAGCAGCCUCAUAAACUAUAAGAAGCUCUUUAAUCUCAAUGUUACUAAUAUACAUUAACGUCGCGGUUUUCAGUGGUCGUAUUAAUUCUCGUCGGUUAUGAUUAAUAGAAAUAAUCAUGGUAAAGUAUCUUCUGAGUAUAUCGUGGUACGUGGUUUAAAUGUAUAUUGGUAAUAUCCUUAAUAUUCAAUACUGACCUUUCACUUCGGACUAAGCGUGGGUUCUUGACUAAUUGCGUAUAGAAUAUUUCUAUCGAGCCUGAUAUUUUGUUGAAUACUCCAUUUCGUAUCCAGAAAUACAAGUUCCGAUCGAAUAACAUUUAAAAAAAGCCGGCACCACGCGAUUCCUUGUGGAAAACUGAAAAAAGAAAUACAGAAUCAAACUUUUUCUUUUCUCGGCAGAGUUUUUCAGAAAACCGAAAUUGAAAAUUUAUCAACUAUGCUUGAACGUGGCUAAUUCUGGACAUGGUGGGCAGUAAAUAAUCGACAGGAGGUUAUUCUACGUAUGAAAAUAAAUAAAAUAAGAAAAUGUAGAAUAACAUUUUUUCGUUUAAGAAAAUUCAUUUCCAAGGAAAUAGAAAUUUUAUUUUCAAGAAAAUAGAGUUUGAACGUGUUUAGUUAAGAAUCGGGCUAAUACACGUGUAUGAUAAAUUUUCAAUUCUCUAAUUUUUUUCUCGGAAGCAAAGCGUCUUGUGAAAAAAUUGCAUUCUACAUUCGACUUACUUUCAUACGUAGAAUGAUCUCUUGACAAUUGAAGUAUUUUCUCGAUUUCCUCGAAAACUAAGCCGAGGAUGAAAAAGUUUGAUUCUAUAUCCUUUUUAUUUUUCCACAAAGAAUCGCGUCGUGCUGGCUUUUACAUGUUUGUUUUUGUCUGAUUUUAUAUUUUCACUCUUUGGCCUGUAUGAUGAUUGGAUAAAAGCGAGGAAGUUAUUUAUCUCAGUCAUAUAGGUUUAACCGGAGCCAGUUGAGGCUAUCGCGAUGCGUCUGUUCAAACGACAGUGUUCUGAUACCAGUCCACAGCUAGUUUCGGCUACUCCAUUAUCUCAGGAUGGAACAGCGCCUUUGACAGUGGCAGAGGAAAAUUUCGGUCGAAGUAGUAAAAAACUGCACAAGGAAAACGAUGGAUUAGGUCGGAUGUGCAUGAAGGAAGACGAUAGCGAAUCACCGUUCUCGAAACCGUCGUCGUCGGAAUCUUGCGCUUCGAAUCGAAAAGGAAUUUCGACAUGGGGCAGAAAAGUAGGUCGAAGAUGGGAUCAGCUAAAGAGAUCGGACAGCUCCGAAUUGCUUUCGGUUUCAGGCCGACGAAGACGAUGGAGUCCGAAUCGGAAAGGCGGUGUAACAGACGAGAAAGAAAACGGUAUCAGUGGUUCACCUGAAUUACCAAAGCCAAAGAGAAUUUCCAGAGUGGAGUCGUUACGGAAUUUGUUCAAAAGCGGCGAGCGAGGUAGCGGCUUCUUGAACAGCGACGUGUCAGCUAGAAAUGUGACGAUACAAGAGGAGGAUGUUACCUGCAUCAGUCAUUAUCCGAUGGAGAAGGCUUUGAGCGAGGGUGCCAUAAAGAGUGUCUCCUUUCGUGGGAGCUUGGACGAUAGUCGACUAGAUCGCGGAACGAUACUUAACGAGAAAAAGAAGCAGCUCAGUCGCAGCAUCCAGAACCUUCAGGAGCAGCACCGAGUUUUAGAUUAUAUUUUGAAGAACCAGGAUAUGCUUAAGACUCAAGAGGGAACGACUUUCGCGAGAGAAACGUUGGAAAAAGUCAGAAGAAGUACGAGUCCUAAACGACGAACGAGUCAGACUACGACGGAUGAUGGCAAGAGCAAUGUUUCCACGCAAACCCGAGACUUUUUCAAUAACCAUCUUAGCAAUAUUAAGAGGAAUCUGUUCAACGUUCGCGCAAGUGGCAGUGAUUGUGACAGUUACAGAGCCGACAAUCACAGACCUUACUCAGUGACUGGCCUGGAGGAGCUGAUGAGCAAUCUGCGAUUAGGAUGUGACGAAAGUGGUUACGAUUCCGACAGCACGCGAGCUGGCGCCGAUUCUCCAGACAGUCAGAACUCCGUUCCAGCGAUGUUAAAACCCCGUAGUUUCUCCAUAACGUCGGACGAUUACCAUGGCAUCGAUCUAUCGUUACCAGUCAGCACACCGAUAAAACAAGACGUGACAACGGGAACGGAAGAAAACGAAUCGGGUCCUUCUCGCCUCGACGACACCGUCAUCAUAAACAAAAGUUUAUUCAGCGAAUCGGUAACGACGAACAUAACCACAGUAGCUUCAGAUGGAGACAGCACGGACAGUUGCGAUGAGGAUACUUUCGUAGAAUUUACGGAAUAUUCUGUGAACUGUACGGUCGGACAAGCAAAAUCUAGCAUCGCAGCAUCUACGUCAGAAAGAUGCGACGGUGGAACGUCGAAAGUAUCUUUGAGUGGAAAUUUCGAAGAUAAAAGAACAUCCUCGACCAUAUCUGUGAGCAACGAACUGUCGAAGAUAGCGGAGAGAAAGUUGUUCGCGAAGCCGAUACAAACACUGCAAUUGUCGCAAGCGAUGAAGGUGCAGAAUUUACAAAAGUCCCAGAUACCGUUAAAGUCUCGGAAGCACAUCGACUCCAGCGUGUUGAAUUUGUUGGAUAACGCGGCAUCUCCGUGCAAGGAUAGUCCACCAGCGACGAAAAUUUGCAUGACACUUGUUAAUAGCCCCCUGCAGUACUAUAGUCCAAAGAGGUCGCGGUCGAACAUGGGACCGGAUGAUCCCGAGGUUGUCCAUUGUAGAAACAAAAUAAAAAAAUCCGAACAAAUAACUAAAGUCGAUCAUGCAACGUCAAUUCCACCAACAUCAGCGAAGACCUUGGUCCGUCGAGAGCUGAAGACUAUGAAAUUGUUCGUGGAGAAAUCUGGGAACCUUGGCAUUUCCGUAGAAAGGAAAGAAGCUGUUAGACCUUUCUAUGUGAUUUCAAAGAUGGACGUAAAUGGAGUGGCAGCUAAAUCGAAGCAAUUUCGAAUCGGUGACGAGAUCGUUCGGGUUUGUGGACGUAGACUGCGUGGGAUGUCGAUCCUCGAGGCUAGAAGCGCGUUAAAAACAUGUUCGGGUACCGUGGAAUUGCAGAUAGCCAGAGAACCAGCUUUCGCUUUCGGUGAAGAGCUAGGUGACACGUGGGGCGACAUUCUUGUACGCACUCGAAGCGACUCCGAGGUGUGGACGCUGAAACAAGAAAAUAUGAAUGAAAAAAUGGAAGUUGAUAUUUCCGAUUCCAUAAAUGUACGACAAGAAACACCUUCUCAGUGUAAAAUAAUCGGUGUCAUGAUGAAGGGUGGCACGAACUUAUCCGCAAGUUCUAUGGAACGAACGAAAAGCGAAAGUGAAGCAAUUGUGAGAAAAGAACCCAGCGAAAAGAUGACUGGCAUGAGAAAAUUUCAGGUAGUGCGAAAGCGAGCUGUCAUUCCGGUUUCCUGUUCGCGUAGGGCGACUAGUUUGUCCAUGAAUUUGUUGACCAUCACCUUGGAAAAGGGUGCUUCGAAGAAAUUAGGCUUUUCUAUAGUAGGUGGAUCUGAUAGCAACAAAGGAUCCAUGGGUAUUUUCGUGAAGGAUAUCAUGGCUGGUGGCCAGGCGGCCGAAGAAGGAACUCUGAAAAUCGGAGACGAGAUUCUAGCGAUCAAUGGAAUAUCGAUGGACGGAUUGACGCACGCGAAAGCGUUGCAAACCUUCAAGGCUGCCAAAGCUGGGAAAAUGGUUCUUCACGUGGGUCGUAGAGACCCCACGCACAAACGAUAUAUCAUUCAGUCGAAGUCGUACGAUUGCCUGGAUAGACUAACGGAAACUGGAGACGAAUAAGAAAUUCGAGAAAUCAAUCACGGACAAUCAUCAAAAUCACGUUAUAUCUAAUUUUUUUAAAUGAAAUCCAUCGAAGAUUGAAGUAUUAUCUUUUCUCGUUUUUGUAAGUAAAAAGACGAUGUAUAUAUUUCAUGUACGAUAAAGCACGUUCUUAUGAUUCCUCGCCAUUGUAAUAUAGAUUAGUAACUAUCACAUUUCAUUUUCGACGAGUUUGAUAUAAACAAUCGAUGUAUUUUCUUUUAACGAAAAUUUACAUACCAGUGAUCGAUUUGUAAUCAAUAUGGCAAUUCUCUUCUCAUGUAUUCGUUAUUCUUAUGUAAAUGAAUUCAUUUUCUUAAGAUGAUUAUUGUGAUAUUGGUUGACUAUUACUAACUUUUGUUUUAGACUAACGAGAUUCAUUAAUUUUUUUUAUUUGAUAAACAAUUGAUUUGUAAACGUUGUGUUUCUACUAUGAUAAGCUUACAUUAAUUAUUUAAACAAUCAAAUUCGUUGCAAUAUACAGUAAGUUAAGUAGUAAAGCUAAGAGUAAGAAACAUACGCGUUGAUCUUUGUUAUCGGUUCGUGUCAAAAUUAUAGUUCGGAAUUAUACUCGACUUUUAUAAAAAAAAGACUGGUCCAUUUAAAUGCAUCUUCGUUUAUGAUAUCAUAAUCAUAAAGAUCAAUGAUGAUUAUAACUAUAAUUGUAACAGAUCACUGUACAUAGUCAUAUCCUGUUAGAUGUAGUACGCUAACACUUCGGAUCAUGGCUGUUCAAUUUAUUUGUCAGUGUAGCACGGAUUUCACCUAUGUUUUGUUUAAAAAACAAAUGUUUGUUUAAUACGAGCUAUACGCAAGUUCGAGUGGAGAUUUAUUAAUUCGAAUGAGUACUCAUCAUUUACUUAUUACUCAAUUAUGUCGUAAACGUAGUAUUUAGUUGGUUAAUAAUGUAACAAAGCUACUGACUGACAUCUAGAAUGUCUACCUGAGAAAAAUGCUGUGAUAUUCAUUGUAGUCGUAUUAGCUGCUAUCGUACAAACUGUAUUUAAAAUAAAUCUGGUUUUGUUGAUAAAUGAAUGUACACAGUUAAUUUGCUUUCUCCGUUCCAUAAUCUUUUGACUAACAUAUAUCUUUAAGUGAUUUCUUUAUUAAGGACGUAAAAUGAAUAAUUAAUGUAAAAGUACCGUACAAUUGUCUUGAUUUUUGUAUUAAUUGGAUACAAAAGUUCUAUCGUACAAUGACGAAAAUUCUAAGAAAUUUAUAAAGUUCGCAUAU